AUGAGCUUGAUGUCAAAAUCAAAAUUAAAACCAACCGGUCCAAUUUAUCCAUGGACUCAAAUUGAUGAACUUGGAGAAUGCAAUCCUUUUCCACGUUAUGAACAUUCAUCAAAUGAAUAUGUAAUUAAUAAUAAAGUAUUCAUUUUCGGUGGGAUUGUUGAAGGAAAAGCACAAAAUGACGUUUUUGUAAUGGAAACGGAUAAAUUACAUGCAUAUAAGCUUAUAACAUCAGGAGAUAUACCGUAUCCACGGAGUAGACACACACAUGUUAAUCUCGGGCACAACAUGAUAGUUUUUGGUGGAUUGCUUAAAUAUCCUACAGAAAGUUCUGACGAUUUUAUCUACAUACUCAAUACUGUUACAAACCAGUGGUCAAAACUUUCAAUUCCUGAAAAGCCUUUUCUUACACAACGUCACGGCCAUUCGGCAACUGUAAUUGGAACCUCCAUGUAUAUAUUUGGCGGUCAAAAUUACAAAGGAAUUUAUUUAAAUGAUUUAAUUGUAUUUGAUUUAACUACCA